UGGUGAAAUCGAAGCUUCAUGAAGCAUUGAACCACUUUGACACACCUGCUUCAAGAAUGACACACUGCUUCGAAGCAUUUCAUACAGUCAGAAGAGUGACAUCUGCUGGCUGUGUGUCAGAACUGCAUCUAAGUGAAAGACCAUUGGGACUGCCUGUAACGAGGCCUCGCUCCCGGUAGUCACGUGAUUGUGGGCGUGCCGAAGCAGGGAUCGAAACACUGCCUCGGAACACUUGCGCUUCAAUAGAUCGACACUGUGUCGAGCAAACUGGCUCGAGCGUAACAUCACUACUUGUCUGCCAGCUCGGUCCCUUACAUCUCCCCUGCAGAGUGAGAGCCACGACAGGAUUACAACAAUGACACUGCCCUCCCUGUGGAUUCCUUCAUAGAGUGCUAUGGCUAAUCCAUCUGAUUGUGAACAGAUUAAACAAAUUGAAAAGGAGCUGCUAACCAAUGGACCUGACGCAGCAGCUGCAAAGAUCCAGGAGUAUUUGGAUGAGUGGGAUAAUAUUCCACUUAAUAUUGCAGUUACUGGAGAGACAGGCUCUGGUAAAUCCACCUUUGUUAAUGCCUUCAGAGGCAUACUAGAUGAAGAGGAUGAGGGAGCUGCUCCUACUGGUUGUGAAGAAACCACCUUAGAGGUUUCACCAUACCCCCAUCCCAACUAUCCCAGUGUUAAACUAUGGGAUCUUCCUGGUAUUGGCACCCCCAAGUUUCCAGCUGACAAGUACCUGAAGCUUGUUGAAUUUGAAAGGUUUGACUUCUUCAUCAUCAUCUCAGCUGAUCGCUUCAGAGAAAAUGAUGUGAAGCUCGCUCAGGAGAUUCAGAGGAUGGGGAAAAAGUUCUACUUCGUUUGUUCAAAGAUUGACAAUACCGUACGUGAUGAGGAAACCCGCCUGAGGUCAAGGUUCAGCGAAGAAAGGACUCUUAAACAAAUCAGGGACAACCGCAUUCAAGGUCUUGAAAAAUUAGAUAUUGUAUCUCCACAAGUCUUCCUGGUGUCCAGCCGUCAUCUCCACCUCUAUGAUUUCCAUCUGUUAGAGGAGACCCUGGAGAGAGACAUCCCUGCACAGAAGAGGAACACUCUGCUACUGGCCAUGCCCAAUGUCAAUCCUGAGAUCAUCAGAAAGAAGAAAGAGGCCUUUGGGUCUAAAAUCAAGUACCUUGCCUCUGUCUCUGCACUCAUAGCAGCUGCACCAGUUCCUGGUGUCUCUUUUGCCACUGAUAUAGCCAUGUUGGUUUCUACAGUCAGUCAAUAUCAAGUUACAUUUGGUCUUCAUAGCAAGUCACUGCAGAGUCUUGCUCGUAGUGCAUGUGUGCCUUUGGCAGAUCUUAGAUCAGUGAUGACAUCACCACUUUGUUUAAACGAAAUAAACAAAGAGCUUAUCAUUAAGAUACUGUCCUGUUCUUUGGCUGACAUGGCAUUAAUGGCAGCAGAGGAAGGGUUCAGAUAUGUUCCAUUAUUUGGAAUCCCAGCAGCAGCAUCCUUCUCUUUUAUCUCCACCUACAAAGCUCUUCAUACUUUCCUCGACAUGCUCGCUGAGGAUGCACAGAAGGUGUCCAAAAAGGCCCUGGGUUUCAGCACCUCAGUGUGAUUAUAAAGGUGAAUGGAAAUGUGGCACAUUUAGAACUGUUAGUGUACAAUGUAAUCUGACUGUAUGUACAGUGUACAAAUCAGAGUGUUCUGAUCAUGUUGCAUAUUUAAUCAAACACAUUGAGCAAAUCAGGUAGUGUAAUGCUUACUGUCUGAAUACUUUAUAUUAAUCUGAAUGAAAUGAAGGCCUCUGAGUGAUCAAAUAAAAUGUUCAUUGAAAUGUACUAAAAUUAGUGAUUUUGUCUUUACAUUAUGUUAGUGAGCUCUCCAUCUCAUGUUCUAUAAGGUUGUACAAACAAAAUAUUCUGUUCCCACAUUACCAU